AUGACGAUAUUCUUUGAGGGAUCACUACAGGAGGGUAUUGCUCUCGCCGUGAGAGAGGCAAAGGCGGUAGUAUGCUUCGUUCGAGAUGAUGCCCAGUUGAGUUCGACUUGGGAGCAAGAGUACUUUUCAGACAAUGAGGUUGCGCAAGCCCUUGGAGGCAAAUCGGUCUCGUUGCGCCUGACAGCUGGGACCCAGGAAGCCGGGUUCCUGAGCUCAUUCUGUCCAGUCGCCGAGUUUCCCGCUCUGAUUGUUAUCAAGAAUGGCAAGCUAGAGGAGUACCUGCUGCCAGGCGUGUCGAAGGACGAGUUUAAGGGUCGAAUUCUCGCAGUUCUGGGACGACAACAGACUCCUAGUACAACUCCUGCUCAGCAGCCACAAGCCAGCACGUUUGCCGUGGAUAGCAACUCGUCUUAUUCACCCCCGAAUACUACACCAUCCGCCGCCAUUAGUACUCCAGCCCACAGACGGCCAUCGCAAAGCACCAAUCCUCUUCCCAGCACUGCUACACACAAUUCACAAGAGAGCGCAAAGUCGAAGAAGCCACUAGCCAGACAUGAAUCGGCAAAGCCCCAGCCAGGGAGACAAGAUCACGGGAAGAAACCAGCGCCGGUCCCAGAGAAUAAAGCCACAGCAUCUCAGCCAACCAAGCCAACCAUCCGCAAACCCCCCGCGCCUACUGUGGAGGAUGAGGAGCCAAAACCUCGACCGCCCGCCCCCAAGGGACCUCCUAGUCAGUAUCGACUCCAAGUGCGUUUAUUCGACGGCCGUUCCAUUCGAUCCAGCUUCACGCCCACUCAAACAAUACGCAAUGACGUACGUCCAUGGCUAGACGAGCAAAUGACCGACGACAAACGCCCAUACAACCUCAAACACGUCCUCACUCCAUUACCCAGCCGCACGCUCUCCGUGGCCGAAGAAUCCCAGGCCCUCCAAGAUCUCGGCCUUGGCUCAACCGCAAACCUGGUCAUGAUCCCUGUCGCGUCUUACACAGAGGCCUACACAGCCGCGGCGGCCAAUAGCUUACCGGCGCGUGGUAUUUCUGCGGUCUAUAACAUGGUUUCCUCCGUUGCAAGCUCAGCUACCAGUUUCGUGGGCUCGUUCAUUGGGUAUGGCACCAGUGCGCCGGAGAGUAGUACACAGGCCCCAUCAUCGCCUAGUCCGCCACCUCCGGAGACUACCCGACGGCGACGAACGAGUGGUUUGAACAUUCGGACGCUACAUGACCAGCGGGAUGAACGUGAUGACAACCAGUUUUACAAUGGAAACCAAUUGAAUUUCGAGCCGCGAAACCAGGAUCGCAAGGAUAAUUGA